AUGAGGGAGAGCCAGCCGGCCACGCGCAUGAGCAUGUCGCUCAUGAACCAGAGCGAUCCGAACGGCCGCGAGCUGCGCCUGUGGCUGCUCUCGGCCACGACCCACCGCGGCGUGACGUACUACCGCAUCGCGGGGCGCUUCACGUCCACGGGCCAGACGUGGGAGGUGAGCCACCGCUACUCGGAGUUCCUCAAGCUGCGCGACCAGCUCGUCAAGUUCCUGUCCACGUCCACGGACAAGUGCCCGGGCUGCCGCAACUACCUGCACUCGAUCCAGCGCUUCGACUUCCCCAAGAAGCACCUCUUCGCGUCGCGCGCGCCGCCUGUGGUCAACUACCGCGUCAAGGCGCUGCGCUCGUUCCUCAACCUGCUGGCCUCGUGGGCCUUCUCCAAGACGCCCAAGUGCCCCACGUGCGGAGGCUACGCGUUCGAUGUGGUGCGCAACUUUGUGCUGGAAGGCGACGACCUGUCGGCCGACGCAGACAUCAACUCCCUCCGCGAGUCCGUCAGGGUCGAAGCCUUCGCCGAGCACAACUUGGCCAGCAUCAGGGGCCCCGCGCACAUGCGCAAGAACAGCUGGAUGACGCCUAGCUUUGCGGGGGACCCGGAUAUGACUCAGAGCAUGCAUGUGCCGCCGUCGAGACCGAGCCAGGGGCCGUCGCCCCAGCGCCAGAAGCAACGCAGCCGCCACCAGAACGACUCGUACGACGCCUACGACGCCUUCAACGACUACUUGCCCGAGAGGCAGUCCAAGGUGAAGAAGCCGACCCAAUCAAACAUGGAGCAGAAGGUGGAGAGUGGCAAGUUCAAGUCGAUGCCCCUCCAGGAGUCGAUCGAGGAGAGGCAACGGCGCCAUCGCCAGGAAGAGGAGGACGCGGCCGAUGCCUACCAGCAGAAGCUGCGCAAGCACCGCAGCGAGCCGCGCAACUUGUCGGCGCGCCGUCCGCUGGCGGAGAGUGAGCUGUCGGUGGGCUCGAGCGCCUUCGAGAGCCCGCACUCGAGCCGACGAGCGGCGAGUCGCGGCGGCUCCAACGCUGAGAGCUUCAUCUCGGACGUGAGUAUGGCGGCCGAGCCCAUCUUCAUUCACGGCGAUGAGCUGCAGCGGUACGGGCUCUCGGAUGACGAGCGGAAGGCCAGGAGCGCGGCCAGCAGCGUGUACUCGGGUGACGAGGAGAUCGAGCUCACUGGCGUGGCCAUGGCGUCGCCCCCUCGCGCGGCCAAGAAGAGCAGCAAGGACAACUUGUGGCAGCCCUAGGAGCUGGCCCGAGUGGCCUAAGAGAUACAUUUUCCACCUGGCGGAGUCUUUGGGGCCCAGGUACCGGUACACACACUAUCACCAUUUUAUUCAUUCUACGACGACGACGCCCGAGCGCUGGGAAAGUAGGGCCUCGGAGCGAUAUCCUUAUCAAAAAAUUCGCCUGGUACACAAAACC